AAAAGAAAACACAAAUUUUGGAUACGCUCAUUAUUUAGAAAUCGUUGCGAAAAAAGAGCAUUUAAGACACUUAUUCCUGAGCUACGCCUUCAUGAUAGAGAAUUUUUUUAUAGAUUUUACAGAAUGUCUCCUGAAAGGUAUGAACACUUGCUGUCAAUGGUUGCACCUAGCAUAACAAAAAAAUCUUGUCGAAGCCGUCAAACUAUAUCACCUUCAGAACGUUUGACUGUGACCCUAAGAUAUUUGGCUACUGGGGAUUCACAACAAACACAAUCUUUUUAUUUUAGACUGGGCAGAACAACAGUAUGCAACAUAACCAAUGAAACAACAAAGGCUAUUUGGGAUGUUUUACAACCAAGUUAUUUAAAGGCACCAGAAAGUUCAGAUGAGUGGGAAAAAAUUGCAAAUGAAUUUGAAAAUGAGUGGAAUUUUCCUAAUUGCAUUGGGGCAAUAGAUGGCAAACAUGUAUGUAUUGAAGCUCCUGUUUCAAGUGGAUCUGCUUACUACAACUACAAAAAUUAUCAUAGUAUGGUUUUGCUAGCCAUAUGUGAUGCAAAAUAUUGCUUUACUUUGGUAGAUAUAGGUAGCUAUGGCAGAGAUAAUGAUGCAUCUAUAUUUAAUGAAAGUAAAAUGGGUAAUGCUUUUAAAAAUAAUUUGUUCAAACUUCCCAAGAACCGACAGCUACCAAUUGGCACACAAGUACCACCAGUGCUAGUUGGUGAUGAUAUUUUUGCGUUAAAACCUUGGUUAAUGAAACCUUUUUCUGGUAAAAACUUAACAAUCAAAGAACGCAUUUUCAACUAUCGAUUAUCUAGGACUAGAAGGACAAUUGAAAACUCCUUUGGAAUUAUGCUAAAUGGAAUAUAUUUAGACGUCCAAUAA